UAAAAAAUUAAUACUCCUACAACACACACAGUAGAAAAUUUUAAAUUCUAUAAAAAGCCGUUUCAUUUCCAUAUAGCACUUGAACCAUUAUCCACCAGCCCCUAGAUCUUGUUCUUUUUUGUUGUUAAUAUUCACUAAAGAUUGGUCAUUAAGCAAUUUGAUCAAAGCUAAGGGACUGAUAUUGCAGCCAUUUUUCACCGGAAUCUGGGUUUUUAUUUUCCGGUGGUAAUUUAAACAGAAAUGCCAUAUGAAAACCAUCAUUUUUUUUUCAAAGAUUUGUUAAUGUCUUGAGCUUGUUGAAGUUUCUAUAGAUUUGAUUAAGGAAUGAUGGGGAGGGUAAGCUUAUUGUUAGUAUGGGGAUUUUGGAUAUUAAUGAUAGCAACAACGGCGACUAUUGGGACACAAACGACGUCGUUAAGAAGGGUACAUAGAAAUGCGUAUGCUACAAUGAUGUAUAUGGGAACACCAAGGGAUUAUGAGUUCUACGUAGCGACACGUGUAAUGCUCAGAUCACUUUCACGGUUGGGAGUUGAAGCUGAUCUUGUUGUCAUUGCUUCACUUGAUGUUCCUCUUCGUUGGGUUCGAACACUAGAACAGGAAGAUGGCGCAAAGGUGGUGAGAGUUAAAAAUCUGAACAAUCCAUACUGUAUCAACCCUAAUUGGAGAUUCAAGCUGACACUGAACAAACUUUACGCAUGGAGCCUCGUAGAUUAUGACAGGGUUGUCAUGCUUGAUGCAGACAACCUUUUCCUCCAGAAAACUGAUGAACUCUUCCAAUGUGGCCAGUUCUGUGCUGUCUUCAUUAAUCCCUGCAUCUUCCACACUGGUCUCUUUGUCCUGCAGCCAUCGAAGAAGGUGUUCAAUAACAUGAUUCAUGAGAUAGAGAUCGGGAGGGAAAACCAAGACGGUGCAGACCAAGGUUUUAUUGGAGGCCAUUUCCCAGAUUUACUUGAUCAGCCAAUGUUCUACCCUCCUUCUAAUGGUACCAAGCUCCAGGGAAAUUACAGGCUUCCUCUAGGUUACCAAAUGGACGCGUCUUAUUAUUAUCUCAAGCUCCAUUGGUCGGUACCUUGUGGACCUAAUAGUGUCAUUACAUUCCCUGGUGCUCCAUGGUUAAAACCAUGGUACUGGUGGUCGUGGCCUGUUUUGCCUUUGGGCAUCCAGUGGCAUGAACAGCGACGUCUUACUCUUGGGUAUGGUGCUGAGAUGAUAGCAGUGUUGAUCCAAGCUAUAUUUUACCUAGGAAUAAUUGUAGUGACACGCCUAGCACGCCCAAAUUUAUCUAAGUUGUGCUAUCGCCAUGAGGAUAGCAAGAGUAUCUUCUUACUACGAACUGGCCUUAAAUUGAUUGCUAUAUGGUCCAUUCUUGCUGCCUACACAGUUCCUUUCUUCGUCAUUCCUCGUACAGUUCAUCCACUAGUUGGCUGGAGUCUCUACUUACUCGGCGCUUUUGCACUAUCCUGUAUAACAGUGAAUGCAUUUCUUUUGCCAAUGCUACCUGUUUUGGUGCCAUGGGUUGGAAUCCUUGGGGCCCUUUUGGUGAUGGCGUACCCUUGGUACAACGACGGUGUUGUAAGAGCAAUGUCUGUAUUUGCAUAUGCCUUCUGUGCUUCCCCAGCAUUAUGGACGGCAAUGGUUAAAAUCAAGUCUUCUCUAAAUGUUUCACUUGAGAGGGAAGGAUUCUUGCCUAAGUUGAGCGAGUCUACAGCACCUGCGGGUUCUAACAAACUGUAUUGAAAUUCGGAAAGUUGAAGGAAUCAACAGGAGAUUAAUACUUCAGAAACAUCUCCAAAUUCUUUGCUUAGGAGACUUGGAGUGUGCUUGUGCUAUCCUAACUGCUUUAGUCUUUGGUCUUCGGUAGAAAGAAUUCUGUGAGUGGGUACUGAUGUGAAUUACACAAUUUAGGAUUGGGGUGAUGUAUUGUUUUGUACAUGGACUAUCACAGGCCUAUUAUUCUCUUGAAUGUUACUCCACGAGAAAAAGAUUGUUUCCCACUUGAUUAUAUCUUUUGCUAAGAUGUUGGAUAGGUUUUUUAUUUAUUCAUGGAUUUAAGUGAUGUAUGCUAACAAUGUAAAUAUUUAUUUGUCAUUGUUUGAAUUAAUCUACUUAGAUUUAGCUUAA